CCACCGUCGGUUUAUGCCACCGCUUUUUUUAAUCCAAAUUAAGAGGAAAAACCCAGCCCCCAUCUCCGCACGGUUCGCGCUCUCUCUCUCUUGGCACGCACAACCCGAUCCUGAUCCCUCAACGCACUAGGGUUAGCGACCUCCAUGCCGCCACCAGCCGCCAUGCCGACAUUACCUUCGACCAAGACCGACGAGUCCACGGGAUCCCACGAGCGCGGACUUGGAGGAGUUGAUCUGCAAGGUCAAGGUGCAGGCCUUGCCCCAACGCAAGGAGAGGAGCGCCGGUGCCUUCGGCAGCAGCUCGGCGCAGGCCGGGAUCCAUGGAGAGGUACGAGGUGCUCAAGGACAUCGGCGACGGCAAUGUCAGCGUCACGCGCCUGAUGCGGAACAAGGAGACCGAGGAGGUCGUCGCCGUGAAGUACAUCCCAUGGGGCUUCAAGGUAGAUCAUAAACCACCACUCGCUGCUGCACAUCAACAAAAUCCGAUAAAAGGAGGUGUGUUUGCUAUCUAUUCCCUUAAGCCAAUCGAGAUGAUUUUACAUCGAGAUGAUGUCGCCUCUUUAACGGGGAAUGAUGAACAACAGGGGAUGAUGAACAGCAUGGGAACAAGGAGGAACUUUACCAGCCUGUUAUAGACUAAGCACUAAAAGCAUGCUUGCAUUCACUUUAGCUCGUUCAUUCUGUUACAGAGCAGUGCUUUCGUUAUGUGUAUGAUGCUUGCUGUUUCUUGAAAGAUCUGUUCCAAGGAAUAAAUUCUGAUCUUUUGAAACUAUGUUUUUUUAUGAAAAGUGGAACUACAAGUAAUUUGUGGCUGGAAUUUAGUGGUAACCUUUAUAAUAUGGACUGCUUAUGCGCGCUGGAAGUUUUGUAAUAACCGUUGUUGCACAUAUGUUAUCAGCAUGAGAGAUAUAAUAUAUUCUUUUCAUCCUCACAAACUGUUGCAGAUGGAGCUCAUUUUGCAGAAUUUUCUACUAAGUUGCCAAAUUUUGAGGGCCUGCAAUUGAAGAAUACAACACUUUUUGUUGGAGUGGAGACUAGAGUAAUCAUAUCUGCUGCAAGAGAGAUGUAUUUUCUUUUUGUUGGACAUUUUCUGCAUCUUUUAUGGAUGGUAACAUUUGAGACAGCAAUUUCAGUGCAAGCCAUCAAGAUCAA